UUGAGAAGGAGGCAAUGCUGGGCUUGUCAACUUCGUCUACAGAAAAAGUUCUGUGUAUUCCUUCUUCCUCUCGUAGACCGGUCUAAAAAUACGUGAAAUGGCUACGGCUCAGAUCUCGAAAAAACGAAAGUUUGUGGCGGGAGGUGUCUUCAAGGCUGAAUUGAACGCCUUCUUGACCCGUGAAUUGGCCGAAGAUGGUUAUUCUGGUGUUGAGGUGCGCCUUGCCCCCACUCGCACAGAAAUCAUCAUUCUGGCUACACGUACCCAGAAUGUUUUGGGUGAGAAGGGCCGUCGCAUUCGCGAGUUGACAUCUGUUGUCCAAAAGAGAUUUGGCUUCCAAGAGGGAACUGUUGAGCUCUAUGCUGAGAAGGUUGCUACCCGUGGCUUGUGUGCUAUUGCCCAAGCCGAGUCCCUUCGUUACAAACUCAUUGGUGGUUUGGCUGUUCGCAGAGCUUGUUAUGGUGUUCUCCGUUUCAUCAUGGAGUCUGGAGCCAAGGGUUGUGAAGUUGUUGUAUCUGGCAAACUUCGAGGUCAGCGAGCCAAGAGCAUGAAGUUCGUCGAUGGUCUGAUGAUCCACAGUGGAGAACCCACCAACGUCUACGUCGACACUGCCGUCAGACACGUCUUGCUUCGCCAGGGAGUACUUGGUAUUAAGGUUAAGAUCAUGUUGCCGUGGGAUCCCAACAACAAGAACGGACCCAAGAGACCUUUGCCAGACAAUGUUUCCAUCCUGGAACCCAAAGAUGAGACACACAUCGCAGAGGAACUUAAAGCAGCCAAGAUGUCCGACAUCGCAGCAGCACCUCCCACCCAAGCUGCUGCCUAAGGAGUGUUUCGUCUAUUUACUGGGCUGGUGUCGAUUAACUACCGUAGUUUCCAAUAUGAAACGAGAGUUAAAUACAUGCUUUGCCUGGUCAA